AUGACCGCCAAAGCUGCAUUACUGGCGCUCUUGGCUGCCUUUGCCCAGGCCAGCCCACCCUUUGGUUCUUCUUUCGGUGUUCCCGGAACAAACGCAACUUAUGACUAUGUUGUCGUGGGUGGUGGAAAUGCAGGCUUGACUCUUGCUACCAGACUAGUCCAGCAGUCUGCGGGCACAGUCGCCGUGAUUGAGGCCGGAUCGUUCUACGAGAUUAGCAAUGGAAACUUCAGUCAAGUGCCAGCAUUUACCGGGGCAUCGUCGGGCAGAGAGCUAAGCGAUUGGCAUCCUUUGAUUGAUUGGGGAUAUGCGACCACACCACAGGCUGGGGCGUACAACCUUUCCAUUCAUUAUGCACGAGGCAAGACGUUGGGCGGCAGUUCAGCUCGAAAUUCAAUGGUCUACCAACGUGGAACCGUGGGAACGCACGAGCGAUGGGCCGAUAAAGUGGGGGAUGAUAGCUAUCGAUGGGAGAAUUUCCAUCCCUACUUCAAGAAGAGCGUCAAUCUCACAAGACCCAACAUGCACCUGCGGUUCCAAAACUCCACGCCUGUUUAUGAUGCCCUGGCGGCGAGUGAUGGGAAUGGGCCACUCUCAAUCUCAUACCCAAACUAUGCCCAGGCAUUCACCACCUGGAGUAUUCCAGGCUUCGCACAAAUUGGGAUUCCUGAAAUUCCGGGAUUUUUGAGCGGAGAGAUAAUUGGACAUUCAUAUUCGACGUUAACUAUAAAUGGCACCACGAUGACUCGGGAUUCUUCCGAAACCUCAUUCCUUCGCGAGGGCCUGAAAAACCCGAACCUCAUUGUUUAUCCUAUGGCAAUGGCCAAGCGCAUACUUUUCACCGAAGAAAAGGCAGCGUCUGGCGUGGUCGUUGAAGUGCAGGGUCUUGAGUAUGUCCUGUCGGCUCGAAAAGAAGUCCUCGUCUGCGCGGGAGCGUUUGGAUCACCGCAAUUGUUGAUGGUUUCUGGUGUUGGACCAGCGGAAGUCUUGAAAUCUUUUGAUAUUCCAAUAAUCGCUGACCGGCCGGGGGUAGGGCAAGGGAUGCAGGACCACGUCGUUUACGAUAUCGGAUACCAAGUCAACGUUCCGACCAUGUCCUCGUUAAUGAACCCUGCUUUCGGCGCGAAACAUAUCCAGUUGUUUAACGAGCACGCUGCAGGCAUGUUGACCGGAUCCAAUACGGAGGCCCUGGCGAUGGAGAAAAUCCCGGAGUCUCUGCGAGCGACAUGGAGCAAUAAAACACGCGACCAGCUGAAUGCCUACCCAGCUGACUGGCCUGAGGUGGAAUAUAUCACCGUUCCCUUGAACCCAGCCAAUUCAAUCGCUGAGCCUGGCAUCGAUUACGGCUCAUUAGGCAUUGUCCUCGUUGCCCCCGAGUCUCGAGGAACAUUGACAAUAUCUUCGGCCGACACCAAUGUGGCCCCGAUAAUCGAUCCAAAUUAUUUUGAUGAACCCUCAGACAUGGAUAUUUUGGUUGCUGGCUUCAAGCGCGCCCGUCAAUUCUUCGACACCGAGGCGUUGCGAACUAUUGUCAUCGGCGAAGAACGCUUUCCCGGCAAGAACGUGUCGACUGACGCGCAAAUCGCAGAUUUUAUUCGGAAAAAUAUCCAUACUAUCUGGCAUGCAUCUUGUACCUGCGCAAUGGGCAAAGUGACUGACCCAAUGGCUGUGGUCGACGCGCAGGCUCGAGUGAUCGGCGUGCAGAAGUUGCGCGUGGUGGAUUCAUCGUCGUUCGCUCUGUUGCCACCAGGUCAUCCUAUGUCUACCGUCUAUGCACUUGCCGAGAAGAUUGCCUGUGAUAUCUCCGGCCAUUGCUGA